AACCUUAUGUGUGUCUUCCAGGUUGCCAGCGAUUAGAAGCAUGCUUUCCACUGCACUUCCCAACACCACCUCCUGUGCAGGAUGUCUCUGAGUGAGAACGCAGUGUUUGCCUAUGAGUCCUCGGUGCACAGCACCAACAUCUUGCUCAGCCUCAACGAGCAGCGGAAGAAGGAUGUGCUGUGCGAUGUCACUGUCUUGGUGGAGGACCAGCAGUUCCGUGCCCACCGGUCAGUGCUGGCGGCAUGUAGCAGUUACUUCCACUCGAGGAUCAUAGGCCAGUCUCAUGCGGAGCUCAGCAUUACUCUCCCAGAAGAGGUGACAGUUAAAGGAUUUGAACCUUUAAUUCAGUUUGCCUAUACUGCUAAACUAAUUUUAAGUAAAGACAAUGUGGAUGAAGUGUGCAAGUGUGUGGAAUUUUUAAGUGUACACAAUAUCGAGGAAUCCUGCUUUCAAUUUCUCAAAUACAAGUUUUUAGACUCCACUGCAGACCAGCAAGAAUGCCCAAGAAAAAAGUGCUUUCAAUCACACUGUCAGAAGACAGACCUUAAAUUUUCACUUUCGGACCAGAAGGACCUCGAAAUAGAUGAAGUAGAGGAAUUUCUAGAAGAUAAAAAUGUUCAGGCUCCUCUUUGUAAUCUCCAAAGGUAUCAAGGAGAUGUAAAAACAUCACCUCCCCUACAGGACAGUGCCAGCCAAACAUAUGAAUCCAUGUGCAUGGAAAGGAAUGCUGCUCUGGCAUUGCCAUCCUUAUGCCCCAAAUACAGAAAAUUUCAGAAGGCGUUUGGGACUGACCGUGUCCGCAGUGUGGAAUCCAAUGUCAAAGACGUUCAAGCUACUUCUGUUCAGACGAAUGAGACAUCCGAAAAUGAAUGUGUAGGGGCAGUCCAGUAUUGUGCAGAUUUGCAAGUGAUUUUAAAAUGUGAAGAAAGUAAGUUAGCAAUGGAACACGAGGCCACAAAGAAGAAAGAUCCUGCUUCUCAGGUCCCAGCAGAAAAAGCAGAAGUGACUCCUUUCCCUCGCAGUUCUGCAGACCCUCAUGGGCUCUACUCUCUGUCUCUUUUACACACAUAUGACCAAUACAGUGACUUGAAUUUUGCUGGUAUGCAACACUCAGCAGUGAAAACAGAAAAGCCUUUAUCAGGUACAGAUGUUCCAGAAGAGAAAACGUUUGGUGAAAGUCAAGAUUUACAUUUGAAAGAUGACUCAGGCCCCAAGGAAGACAGCAGCCUCGCGUCCAGCGAUCGGAGUAGCGUAGAACGAGAAGUAGCAGAACACCUAGCAAAGGGCUUCUGGAGUGACAUUUGCAGCACGGACUCCCCUUGCCAAAUGCAGUUAUCACCUGCUGUGGCCAAAGAUGGCUCAGAACAGCUCUACUCACAGAAACGGUCUGAGUGUCCCUGGUUAGGUAUCAGGAUCAGCGAGAGCCCAGAACCGGGUCAGAGGACUUUUACAACAUUAAAUUCUGUCAACUGCCCUUUUAUGAGCACUCUGAGUACCGAAGGGUGUUCAAGCAAUUUGGAAAUUGGAAACGACAGCUACGUUUCAGAACAGCAGGAACCUUGUCCAUAUGCCUGUGUGAUUAGCCUGGGCGAUGACUCUGAGACAGACACUGAAGGUGACAGUGAAUCCUGCUCAGCCAGAGAACAAGAGUGUGAGGUGAAACUGCCAUUUAAUGCACAACGAAUAAUUUCCCUGUCUCGAAAUGAUUUUCAAUCCUUGUUGAAAAUGCACAAACUGACCCCUGAACAACUGGAUUGUAUCCAUGACAUUCGCAGAAGAAGUAAAAACAGAAUUGCAGCACAGCGCUGUCGAAAGAGAAAGCUUGACUGUAUACAGAAUCUCGAAUCAGAAAUUGAGAAGCUGCAAAAUGAAAAGGAGAACUUGUUGAAGGAAAGAGAUCAUAUUUUGUCAACUUUGGGUGAGACAAAACAGAACCUGACGGGACUUUGCCAGAAAGUCUGUGAAGAAGCGGCUCUGAGUCAAGAACAAAUACAGAUUCUCGCCAAGUACUCGGCCUCAGAUUGUCCACUUUCAUUUUUAAUUUCUGACAAGGGAAAAAGUACUUCUGAUGGUGAACUUCUGUUGCGAUCAAUUUUUAGUUUGUCUGAUUGGCCUCCGGCCGCGCCGCCUCCUGGUGGGAGAGGAGUCUGUGAGGCAAGCUACGCGGCCACUGGGGCCGGGGCUGGGGCCGGGGCCGGGGCCGGGACCGGGACUGGGACCGGGACUGGGACUGGGACUGGGACUGGGGCUGGGGCUGGGACUGGGACUGGGGCUGGGGCGCGCGAGGCUCCACCGACGCGCACAGCUGCCUGCACGCCGGGGCCUGGGGAGCAGUGUCGCCCGAGUGGUGGAAUCUCAGAUUUCUGUCGGCAGAUGACCGAUAAAUGUACUACUGAUGAGUAAACUUGCUUUCUCCUCCUUCAGCCCCUUGAAUUUCCUACUGACGUUUUGGCCAAGCCCAAUACAGUCUUGUUUUAAAAUCUUGUCCUCCCCUCAUAGCUUUUCAUUCAGGGAUCUCUCUUUAAGUCAACUCUGAUUCCCACAAAAGACUCAGAACUGAUUUGUCUCCUGGGUUUUGAAACACCACACAUGAAAAUGUAGUAAGCCCUUAAAACAUGAGUUUUAAAAAAUAACUAUUAGUAAAAGCUUCCAAGGAUUCAAAAAAACUAUGAGAAUGAAAGCUGCAGCAUAUCAAACCCAGUUUAGCAGCUGAAACAUCUGCAGAUAGUUCCUCCUAAGGAAGUGGGCUGCAGAAGCUUAAUACUCAGACCUCUUGCAGUAAGUAUACCUGUUUAAGAAGCAGCACUUUCAGGUCUACUGAGAAAUAGGGUGUCAACAGUGGGAAAUGGAGCUGCAGUGUGCAAAAGAGAUCACCUUACCUGAAUCCUAGAGCUCUGCUCUUCUGCUCCUACUAAAACCAGGUAUGGAUUGGACUUCGCUGUGAUUCCUAAGCUACACUGGGAGGACUUAGUGCACAAGCAGGUGGUUGGCCUGAAGUGGUGGAGGCUUUUUCUCCUCCCCAGUACUGACUAGAAUUUCUGGCUGCAUAAACGUAGAUAAAUGUCACCCCCCCCCCGCCCCCCAUCAGUCUCUGUCACAUCUGAGCCCAUCAUGAACUUUGUUUCCUUACAUUCUUGUCUCUUGGAAGAAGUCACCUGAUUUGAGAUGCAGUGCUGAGUGAAUGACCUGGCAGCACUGUCCUUGGCCCCCUGCAAUCCAGUACAGCAGCUGAACACACAAGGCUUUUUACUUUACACCAUGGGUCACCAGGGCCAGAAAAGCAGACACUGAUGUCAAAGCAAAUCGCCCGCAUUCACCAGGAGCACAGUUCAUUUUUUUUUACCAUUUUUAAAGUCUUGUGGUAUACUUGUAAACACCAUUAUUGUAGAAAAAAUGUACUACUAUGACUGUGCAGGUUUGUGAGAAAAGAUGAAACUUGAUCUUGUACCACUUAGGAACCAUAUUUUAAUCCCUUUUUGUUUUCCAUAUUUAGUGUGGUAUAAAGGCACAUAAAUCAGUUUGACGUGGGCAUUUAAAAAAUCAUUCUUUGUAUUUAUUUGAUCCUGUUAUAAAAUGUAUUUAUAAUUUAAGCACCUGCCCUGUAACAUUUUGUAAUAAUUCUUAGCCAAUCUGGAAUUACAGACUUGAGAUUAAGAUGAAAACUGUAGACCUCAACAAUUCAAACCAACAAACAAAAACAUACAUAUAGGUUCAGCAUCCCUCAUCAGGAAGUCUGAAAUGCUUCAAAAUCUGAAACUUUCGAGCUCUGACAUGAUGCCCCAAGUGGAAAAAUCCCACACCUGAUGUCAGGUGACAAAUUGCAGUCAGAACACACAAACUAUUGGCUGUGUGUGUAAGAAACCUAGAUAAUUUCAUGUUUAGGCUUGGGAUUAAUCCCCAAGAUAUCUCAUUAUCUAUAUAGCAGAUAUUGAGAAAUCUGAAAAAACCCUGAAACUUCUAGUCUCGUGCAUUUUAGAUAAGGGAUACUUAACCUGUGUUCACAGAAACAUUUACAGAACCCAGUUUCUGAGGGUACAAAGGGGUAGUUUGUAGUAUUUGGAAUAGGAAGUACUUCAUUUCAUUAAGUCAGACACCUGAAGAGAUAAGUUCUCUAAACUGCUGAGUCCCCUGAAGGGCCUGGGUACAAAUGAGUCAGAAACAAGUAGACCUUUGCCUUGAGAGUGUAUGGGGACCAGUCUCUUUGUUAAACAUUACUCUUUUUUCAUCAGGGUGUGGGGCAGCAUGGAAAUGGUUAGUGGUAAUACAUUUUUUCAGUGUUUGUAUGUUAUAUUUUAUUGAUUUAAUCAGGAGAGAAAAUUGGAAUUAUUUUCUAAAGGCUUCCAGAAGUACUUUUGAUUUGUCAGGAAGAAUGCUCAUUCUGUGAGAAUGUAUCCCAUACUACAAAAUAAUUAUAUGUGUAUAUCUCCCCCAUGUAGCUGUUUCCUUGAUAUUUGUAAUUUUAAAUUUCAGCUUCACAAUAUAAAAUAAUAUAAGGACUUUUCUGGUUUACAAAAUGUAAAAUUUUAUCCAAACCAAUGGAAUCAUUGAUUUCCUACCUCAGUGUACACUCAACUGUUAGUCAUCAGUUUGUGUGCAAAUGUCAAGUAAUUUUUUGCUUUAAUUGAAACUGUAAAUAUUUGCUUUGAAAAGUUUCUAUUUUAUGCUAAAACCUAGUUGUCUCCACAGUUUAAAUAUAAUUUUUAAAGCACCUAUUUUGUAUUUCUCUCUACCUGUAAACAGUUUAGCAUUAAGGGUUGUUUUAAUGGUAUGUGAUAAUUGGCCACAUGUACUAUUUCUUAAAAUUUAGCAUUAUUUUUAAUAGCCAGUGUGUAAUACAAGCAUAACUACACUACCUCAUACCUACAUGAUUUUCAACUUGUAAUAUAGAUGGACAAAAAAGAUUUUAUCUUUGUCUUUUGGCCAUAAGGUGGGGAAGUUUUCUAUAUAUUGCAUAGCAUUACACAUUUAUGCCUAUUUUAACAUUAACUUCUAAAGUUUUUUCUAAGAUAAUUUGUUUCAAGGCAAUAUUUUUUGUUUUUGAGGCUGCCAGAAGACAAAUGAGAGGAUUAUGUGUAUACAGUGUAUGCCUUUUCCUUCAUGCAGAAUUUGGAAUUGUUUUCAGUUUGUAUAUUGCCUUUGUACAUGAUCAUUGUUCCUUGUUUUAUGAACUGGCCUCUCAGUGCUUGAUCAAGAUUUUUAAAAAGGUGUUAUGUAAAAUAACAUUACCAUAAAAUUUUCUCCUUAUUUGAAUAGUAUAGCUAUAGAAAUUUAUUAAAUUGUUAUAUUUAAAACAAAUGUGAAUAUAAUAAUGGUUCUCCAUCUGUAAGUUUUGUAAUAAUUUACUAUAGCUUAAUGCUUAACCAGUUUUAAAUGAGGAAUUAAAUGUAGUUGAUGCAAUAGAUGAUACAGAUUGCAUGUGGACACUCAGCCACAUUAACAGUUUGGAAAAAAGAAAAGGCAAAUGUUAUAAUGAAUUCUCAGGUGAACUUUUUUCAGUUAUGGAACAUCUAUUUUGAAUUUGUAAAUAUUUUAAGUGUUUUAUUAAGGCAUGUAAUAAUCUUAUUUGAAACCUGUUGGGUAGAAUAAAAAUUUAAAGCCGUAAUGGUAAAAGAUGGCAUACUGAUUGUAAAAUAAACAGCGUUAUUGAUUUUUUUUGUAUCUUUCAUAAUAUAAUUUUCUAACAAUACAAUAAAACCACUAAACUUGUAUAUCCAUGUCUUAUUAGAACCAUGUUUCAUUAAAAGUACACUUUUAUGGUAUUUAAUUUACAUGUUCUUCCUAAUGUGCUUACUAUAAAUACUAGAUGUUAAUAAAUUGACAAUAAAAUUCUCUAAAAUUGUUUCUAAUUGAA